AUGUGGAAUUCUUUUAUCCUAACAAGAUUGCUCUAUGCCCAUAGCGAAGUUCAAACCCUUGACCUAUCGUUAAGGGUUGAAGAGUCCCUUCCACUCCACCACAACCACUUUAGUUUGUCAGUUUUAAUCUCUGAAAACGCCAAUCAACUCUCUAUGGAUUGGCUGUUCUUGGACUUGUUUGUAAAAUCCAUGUCUUUCGGUACCGAUUCUUCGAGCUUGUUGCAGCUAAGAAUAUCGGUGGUGGUCAAGAAAAUUGAACCUGUGGCAGAUGAGAUAUUCAGGGACACUAAUCAAUAUGAGAACUACUGCCUCAAAGGGGCUCAGGAAAUGCUCAGCUUGUUCCGUGACUGCCAACGGAAAACCGAUGCGGUUUUCAAGGCAGAAACUCAAGAAGCCCUCAGGAAGGAUUUUGCAGUCCCUUCAAGUUGUGGGUGA